AAAAUUAUUUCUUCCUUGGAUGGAGCUGUAGAGUUUAACCUGUUGCGUACUGCCAAGAGGGAAUCUCUCUGCAGUGGAACCUGGAGUUCUGGAGUAAAAUAACUAGGAAUUGUGAGCAAAGAGAGGAGUGGAGAAGAUUGGGGCUUCCACUAAGAAAUAAGGCCAAAGACCCACUGCUUUUGAGGUUGUUCAAAUAGUUCUUUAGUAGGAGUUUAGAGCCUCUGUGCUUUCUCCUAUUCCUGUGCCUUUUGUUGUCUUUUUUGACAGAUGGGCAGUGCAUGGGUUGGUCCUUAUUGCAAUUGCAUUUUGCUGUUUGGAAGUUUAUGUUGAAGAAGUAGGAGAAAGGACAGAAUAGAAAUUGCCCUUUUGGAGGGUCUUCCAUCCAUCUCUUCUUUCCCCAUUUUGGCUGUUUGGUUGGGGGAGGGGGGAAUUGGGGAGUGGAUUCCUUGUGGAAGUUGCUGGUCUUCGGAGUUUGUGGGUGCUGCCCUAAAGUUUGGUGCUGGAGGUAAGCGACAUUGUUCCUCGGGGUUCUUGGUUUGGUUGGGAUUUGUGUCUUUCGGUGCAUUCCUCGUGUCUGAGGUUCUGGUGGGGGGAUGGUGGUGGAUUUGGAACUGCAUUUUAGUGGUGGGAUUAAGUCUGGGUUUUUGUUAAGGGUAUGAUGCCCUAGAAUUGGUUCUGAGCUUGGACUUGGUAGCUUGGUGAAGGUUUAGGUGGUUCAGAUGAGGAAGAUCUCGCUUGGUACGUCCCAAAGUUUUGGAUUUUGUGGUGGGUUAGGGCUGAGCUUUCUGGUUUCCGGUCUGUCUUUGGGUUUUCUUGGGUGAUACAUAACCUUGUAUAUCUUUUGAGCUAAAUACUCGUAAUGGUUUAACUGGUUUUUGGUUUCUGAAGGUGUUUCCAGGCUGAAUUUUUCAGUUUUUUUUUUUUUUUUUUUAAAAGGCUUUUCGCAUAUAGUAGAAGGAUUGUGGUUUUGAAACAGAGUACGUAUCUUUAAGAGCUUCAGGUCUUGCUGUUGUUAAGGUGAUCUGCUUCUGUGAGAUAUUAUAAUUUCACUGUAGAGACUUGAUGCCUUAGAUUCAGGAGUCUGUUUAGAGGUUGGUAUCACGGAUCUGUGGUCCUUCAGGUUUUUAUAACACUCUAGUGGAAGAACAGUGUGCUCUUAGAGAUUCUUAAGGUGCUGUAGGUGCGACUUUGUUUUCAAGUGAUACUUAGGCUAUAGCAAGGUUCUCUUUUAGGUUCUUUGCGCUGUUCAUCCCUUCUUAGGUUGAGUAAGAUGGCUUGUAUGAAGUUGGGAUCAAAAUCUGAAGCUUUCCAGCGGCAAGGACAAGCCUGGUUCUGCACUACUGGGCUUCCUAGUGAUGUUACUGUUGAAGUUGGAGACAUGUCAUUCCAUCUUCACAAGUUCCCUCUUCUGUGCAAGAGUAGUCUUUUGGAGAAAUUAAUCAAGGAGAAAUCUGAUGAUGAGGAGGGCUGUGUCAUCCAGCUACAUGAUGUUCCUGGUAGUGCAGAAGCAUUUGAAAUAGUUGCUAAGUUUUGCUACGGUGUGAAGUUAGAACUUACUGCAUCAAAUGUUGUGUACCUACGGUGUGCUGCUGAGCAUCUUCAGAUGACAGAAGAAAUUGCAGAGGACAACUUAAUUGCUCAGACUGAAACCUUCCUUAACCAAGUAGUACUCCAUAGCUGGAAGGAUUCAUUAAAAGCACUCCAAACAUGCGAUGAUCUUCUCCCGCAUGCUGAAAAUCUUCAGGUUGUAAAGCGAUGCAUCGAGUCAUUAGCUGUUAAAGCAUGCACAGAUCCAAAUCUAUUUGGCUGGCCAAUGAUGGAGCAUGGUGUCAUGCAAAGCCCUGGUGGGAGUGUCUUGUGGAAUGGUAUAAGCACAGGAGCCAGACCUAGACAAUGUAGUUCAGAUUGGUGGUAUGAGGAUGCCUCCUCUUUGAGUCUACCCAUUUAUAAGAGGCUGAUCUCGGUCAUGGAAUCUCGAGGCAUCAGACAAGAGAUAAUUGCUGGAUCAUUGACUUAUUAUGCCCAAAGGUAUCUUCCAGGACUGAAUAGACGUCAUAGUCUGGGACCUGUAGCUUUGACGGUUGCACCAUCUGAAGAAGAACAGAGGCAUCUGCUGGAAGAGAUUGAUAGCUUGCUGCCAUUUCAGAAGGGUACAACAUCAACUAAAGUUUUGCUUGGGCUUCUUCGCACUGCCAUGAUUUUGCGAGCUAGCCCAUCAUGCAUUUCUAACCUAGAGAAAAGAAUAGGAAUGCAGCUAGAUCAGGCCACCUUGGAAGAUUUACUUCUGCCAACCUACUCAUACUCUAUGGAAACACUUUAUAAUGUAGACUGUGUCCAGAGAAUUCUUGAGCACUUCUUAGCCAUGGAUCAGGCAACUGGCGGGGCCUCUUCUGGUUUGGUUGAUGAUGAGCAGCUGAUGGGCUCGCCUUCUUUGACACCAAUAACUACUGUUGCUAAGCUAAUUGAUGGAUUCCUGGCGGAGGUUGCAUCUGAUAUUAACUUAAAGUUGCCAAAGUUUCAAUAUUUAGCUGCUGCAGUACCUGAUUAUGGCCGGCCACUGGAUGAUGGACUUUAUCGUGCUAUUGACAUAUAUUUGAAGGCGCACCCAUGGCUCAUGGAAUCUGAUAGGGAACAACUCUGCCGCUUGAUAGACUGCCAGAAGCUCUCCCUGGAAGCCUGCACUCAUGCUGCACAGAAUGAGCGACUCCCACUACGAGUGGUAGUUCAAGUCCUCUUUUUUGAGCAGCUUCAGUUGAGGACCUCAAUUGCAGGAUGCUUGCUUGUCUCUGACAACCUCGAUGGGUCACGUCCUCUGAGGAGUGGCCUUGUAGGCUCAAGUGAGGGUGGUGGGUGGGCGACAGCUGUUAGGGAGAACCAAGUCUUGAAAGUAGGCAUGGACCACAUGAGGAUGAGGGUAUCUGAGCUUGAGAAAGAAUGCUCUAGCAUGAAGCAUGAGAUUGAGAAGUUGGGCCGGGGGUGGAGUGGGUGGAGCAGUGUCCCGAGGAAGUUUGGAUUUAGGAUUAAGUCCCAGAUGUGCAGUGCUCAAGAGGGUUCUGUCAGCGAACAGCAGAAGAGUGGUACUGGGAAGAUUGAGAAGCUGCAGGCGAAGCUUACAAAGCACAAGAAACAGUUGCCUACAGAUGUGUAAACUUUCACGUGACUGCAAUGUUAUUUUUCUGUGCUUAUUUCUUGCAGUGAAACUUUGAAUUCAAAUCCUUUUGGUCGCGCCUGUUUUUCUGCUUGCCUUUUCUUUUAUCUUGGGCUCCCACCCUUUGUCUGCUAUGGAACAUGGGAAUGUAUGACCCUUGGUUUUCCUUUAUGCUUCUUGUAAGUUGUAUUUGUAAUGCUGGAAUUGCAAAUUGGAAGACAUGUCUUGGAAAAAAAUGUUUCUGAGUCCUUGUCA